UCCAAAAUAUAUGCAUGUACUAUCUAUAAAUCUAUAAACUCAUAUGAAUUCAGAAUGUUUUUGCCACGUGGCAAUUUUUCCUUCAAUCCCACCACCUCCUCUUUUGAAUCGAACCUUCCUCUUUUGAACCGAACCGUCUGUUUUAAACCGAACCGACUUAAUAAACAGUACCGCUCCUUCCUUCUCUUACUUGCUUCUUUUCUAAACUGAACCGAACCGAACCGUCUCUUUUAAACCGAACCGCCUCAAUGAACUAUACGGCUCCCCUCUCUCACAGAUCGAAUCGCCUCCCUCUCCUUUUCAGUUUUUUUUUACGACAGGAGCGUUUCAUCUCCCUGCUCCUUGGCGUUGUUUCUUCUUCCCCUUCCGUUGUAGUAUUUCCUCUCCUUGAUCCUCAACCUCUCCUCCUUCUUCGCCUCCGCCUCCUCCUCCGCUGCGAAUGGGAGCGACACCGUCGCCGCUGUAUCUCUCUCUCUCUAGGCUCUCAUCAAUCAAGACAAACUAACCGCAUUGUUAUAUGUAACACCCAUGUUCUUUACAGGGGAGAAAUCAAACUUGGUCAGACUUUAGUGAGGCUUCGGUUUUCAAAAACUGUUGCUCAGAGUAAUGUUGAUGAGGCUUGUGACUAAUGCAAAUGUCAAAAUUCUCCAUAUACUCAGAUGAUCAAAAGAGAUUUGGUUAGAUGCUAUCUUUCAUAUAUAUUCUAUCGUGCAAGAUAAAGCAGUCAGGGCAAAUAGCAUGACUAUUAGCCAUUCCCAUGCUAUCAAUUGGAUAUCUAGAAAGGUAAAGUUAUCUAAGUAUGCCUUCUUUUUAGUGAGCUUUGGGUUUAGGGUUUGAACAAUCCUGUAGUUUGUUCUGAAUUUUCAUAAAAUAUCCAAAAGCAUUAUGCUAAUUUUGG